ACUCAAAUAAGUAAACAAUCAUGGAUCGAGUUCAAUUUUUGAUUUUUUUCGAUUUUUUCUUAUUUGUGAUUUAUUAUCAGCGUUUUACAUAUCCUAGUUAUAUAUGAUUAUACAGCAAAUUACAUGACACUGGCUAUUAUAAUAAAAGCCAUUAAAAUAAAAAUAAAAAUAAUCAUGGAUCAUGGUAGUAUCUACUUAAUAAAUUUAGUAAUCUGUGGGAUCAUGGAUUGAAGUAUUUUGGAAUAACUCGUGUAUGAAGAAUUUAUCGUAUUCAGAAAUUCAGGUUACUCGAGAUUGAGUGCCUUGUGUUCCUGCAUCUUGGGGAUAACACAUUUUAUCAAGCAUGACCGAUUCUCAAGAAAGUAUAUGCUAUGAAAAAGCUUUAGAGUACUGGUCGGAAAUCCCGGCUACGGUUGAUGGUGUACUCGGAGGUUUUGGCUUUAUUUCAGAUGUAGACAUUCAAGGAUCCAGAAUGUUUCUACAGUCUAUUCUCUCGUCCGAAAAUCCACCGUCUACUAAUUUAGCUCUUGACUGUGGAGCCGGCAUUGGAAGAAUAUCUAAGUAUUUACUAAUACCUCAUUUCAGCUUAGUGGAUGUUAUUGAACCAGAUGAAAAAUUCAUAAACACCAUUAGGGAAUAUGUUGGAAGUAAUGCAGACAAAUUAGGAAAUUUGUAUAAAGUGAGUUUACAAGAAUUUAGACCAGAGAAAAAAUAUGACGUAAUUUGGAACCAGUGGGUUUUAGGAUAUUUAAAAGAUGAUGACUUGCUUUCAUAUUUAACAUAUUGCAGGGAUGCCCUGUCAGAAAAUGGAGUUAUUAUUGUUAAAGAAAAUGUGACAUCUACUGGCAAAACAGAAAAAGAUGAUGCUGAUUCAUCAGUUACAAGACCAUUGAAAGAAUACAUAAAAAUCUUUGGCAAAGCCAAAUUGAAAAGGAUAAAACAGUGUAAACAAACAAAUUUUCCAAAUGGUAUAUAUCCGGUGUACAUGUUUGCUCUUAUACCUAACUUGACAUCAGAAGGAGAUAGUAAUGAUGUUAAGUUAUGAUAUAUCUAGUCGUAUUUUCAUUCAAUGUGUAAUGGUUACAAAUGUAAUGGAUUUUGAUCAAUAUAACUGAAAACAUCUUA